AUGGCGUUAACGUCAUCGCUCUUCGACUUGGCAGAUUCACUGAUAGCAAAGGUUGCUUCUCUGGCAUGUGAAGAAGCUUCUCAGGUGCUGAAUGUAUAUGCGGAUCUUCAACAGUUCACACAGACUAUUUCAUACAUCAAAUCUGUGCUCAUGGAUGCUGAACAAAAGCAGAAAAGUUCAACCGAUGAGUUUUGGGAGCUGAGGAAUUGGAUGUGGCGGGUACGAAAUGUUCUCUUGGAUGCGGAAAACGUGCUUGAUGAAGUUGAGUUUCGAAACCUAAGAAAGAAAGCUAAUGAUAGCACAAUGAUAACCAAGGUCUUCUUCUCAUCUUCUAAUCCAAUUGUUUUCCGAUUUAGAGUGGCUCAUAAAAUUAAAGAAAUCAACAAGCGGUUAGACAAGAUUGCAGCUGAUAGGAAUAACUUUGGUCUUCAGACAAUUGAAAUUCACAAUGACACGCAAGUAGCACAUGGGGGAGAAAUGACAUACUCCCGUGUGAUUAAUUCAGAUGUGAUAGGAAGACAACAUGAUAAAGAAAAGAUUAUCAAGAUUUUGGUUCAGCAUGACAAUAAUGAUACAAAUCUCUCUGUUAUUCCCAUUGUGGGGCUUGGAGGCCUCGGAAAGACCACACUUGCAAAGUUUGUGUUUAAUGAUCAGAAGAUAAGUGAGUAUUUCUCAUCCAAGAUGUGGGUGAGUCUUUCAGGUAGCUUUGAUAUGAAAGAAGUGAUUAUUAAGAUCAUCAAUUCUGCUAAUGACUCUGCUAAAGUGGAUGCUCCUGCUUACCAACUAAAUUAUAGAGAUUUAGAUAUCGAGCAACUGCAAAAUCAUCUUAUAAACAAACUUAAAGGUCAAAAUUUUCUACUUGUCUUAGACGACGUGUGGAAUGAAGAUCGUGUUAAAUGGAUUCAGGUGAGGGAUUUACUACAAGUGGGUGCUCUAGGAAGUAAAAUCUUAUUUACUACGCGUAGCCACUCGAUUGCUUCCAUGAUGGGAACCGUUUCCUCACACAACUUAGAAGGCCUUUCUCUUGAAGAUUCGUUGUCUCUAUUUGUCAAAUGGGCCUUUAAAGAAGGAGAAGCAAGGAGGUAUCCACAUUUGGUAAAUAUUGGAAGGGAAAUUGUGAAAAAAUGUGGUGGGAUUCCCUUGGCAGUGAGAACAGUUGGGAGUUUACUUUUCUCAAAAUAUGAGACAGUUGAGUAUUGGGAAAACGUGAAAGACAACGAAAUUUGGAAUUUACCGGAUGCACAUGGAAUUUUACCUGCACUUGAGUUAAGCUAUCGUCGAAUGCCAUCCGCUAUGCAGAAAUGCUUUGCUUUGUUCUCCCUUUACCCAAAGGGUCAUGCAUUUGAUAGUUUUCAUGUAACAUCACUAUGGAGAGCGCUUGGUCUCCUUCCAACACCAAACAGAAACCCAAAUCAAACAUCGAAAUAUAGUGCUAGCCAUUAUUUGUUGGAAAUGCUGUCAAUAUCUUUUCUUCAAGAUUUUGUAGACUAUGGCAUUGGUUUCACUUUCAAAAUGCAUGAUUUGGUGCAUGAUCUUGUUAAGCAAGUUGCAUCGAAGGACCUUGUGGUAUGUUGUUACCCUACUGAUUUCCUAGAUUCACGUGUUCACCAUCUGUCUUACACUGAAAACAAAGAGCUUGAUGAAUUUCCCUUUCAACACUUAAAAUUUGUGAAGAGCAUACUAUUUCCUAUUGCUGGAGUUGGAUCACACAGUAAAGCUUUCUUGAAUGGUUGCAUGUCAAAUUGUAAACACCUGCAGUUUUUUGAUUUAAGCUAUUCUACGUAUGAGACCUUGCCCUGGGCCAUUGGGAAGCUGGUGCAUUUAAGAUAUCUCAGUCUUGAGAAUAAUAAAAAGAUUAAGCGACUUCCAGUUUCUAUUUGCUACCUCCUGAGGUUAGAAAUGUUGAUACUUAGUGGCUGUACAGAACUUGAGACACUUCCUAAAGGCUUAAAAAACUUGAUCAAUCUCCAACAUUUGGAGAUAACAACAAAGCAACGCGUUUUGCCAGAGGAUGAGAUUGCAAACUUGAGUUCUCUUCAGACUCUCAGAAUCGAGUUUUGCAGCAAUCUAGAGUCAUUAUUUGGAAUGUUAAAACUUCCAACUCUCAAAGUAUUGUGUGUUGCUAAUUGUAAAGCUCUAAAGUCUUUGCCACUUGACAUUGAACAUUUUCCUGCAUUAGAGACAUUGUUACUUGACAACUGUGACAUGUUGCAGUUGUCAGAGGGACAUGAGGAGCAAAACUCCAGCAUGAGAUUGAAGGUUCUAAUUAUUGUUUCAAUGCCGCAGUUGGUGAUCUUGCCUUAUUGGCUUCAAGGGUCCUUGAAUACAUUAAAAUACUUGUCAAUUUCAAGCUGCAACAAUCUUGUGGCACUUCCACAGUGGCUGUCAGAUAUGAACAGCCUGAAAACACUAUAUAUCAUAGGUUGUCCUAAUAUAAUGUCUCUCCCUAAUGACUUUCAUCGCCUCAUCAACCUUGAACGAUUAGAAAUUGAUGGUCAUCUUGAAUUGCUUAGAAAACCUCAGCAAGAAAUUGGAGAGUCUUCGCGCCCACACGAUGCUGCAGAUGAACCAGACGAAGUGGUAGAAGAAUUGGAAUAA